UUAUUGACUGUAAAGUGUUGUAAACAAUAAAAUCGUUUUGUAAAAUGAACAAUUUUCUCAAAAAUUUUAAACAUUAAUAUUUAAAAGCUUUUAAAUUAUACCCAUACUAAAUAGGAAAUAAACUAUGGCAGUUUGCAUUGCAAUUAUUGGAAAGGAUAAUUCUCCAUUGUACAUUGGAACCACGGAUUUAGAUAAGGAAUUGGAACUACAAUAUCGUGUUCAUGCUGCCCUUGAUGUUGUCGAAGAAAAAUGUAUGCCGGGAACUAAGGCUUUACAGGAAUCUAAAGAUUUAUAUUUAGGAUUAUUAUAUUCAACCGAAAACCAUAAAAUCUAUGGGUACGUCACGAAUACUAAAAUUAAAUUUAUUAUUGUUGUUGAUUCUGGAAAUAUUGCUUUAAGAGAAAAUGAAGUUCGAUCGAUGUUUCGUAACUUACAUAUUCUUUACACUGACGCAGUUUGCAAUCCAUUUUAUUUACCAGGAGAACAAUUAACUUCGCUAAAAUUUGACAAGUGUAUUAGAAAUAUUAUGGGAGGAAACCAAUAAAAGAAUUUUUGGGAUAUUCUACAAAAUUAUAUUUAAUAAAUUAAUUUUUUAUUUCUUACAAUUAAAAUAAUUUAAUCAUCAAUAAAAUAAAAGUAAAAUUAUUAGAUAUAAGAAAAAUAAUUCUGCCGUUUUUUUUUUCAAAGUAA